UGGUCAAUGGAAGGUAAACCAUUGAAACCUAUGCCAAUAAGAGUAAAAAAUUUUAGAGUGUGAAGAGAAUUCAGAAAACACAUAAUUUUUGGGGUAAUAAAGAUUUAUCAAAACCCUGUGAUAAUCUGAAAGAACAUAUAUUUUUUUUAUUAGAAUAUCCAUUAUCGCUAUUAUCUCAUUAGUAUUCGAUUCGUUCUGCAAUCGAACACCAGUCAUUCAAUCAUCGUGGGAUCGAAUGAUUGUUCUUAUUGUUACUUUGACAAGUUAAAUGUAAAUUAUUUUUAAACUGUUUAUAAUAAUUGCAUAUAUUUUCGAAUAUGUCUAAAGCAAAAAACUCUCCUAGUUCAACUUCUCAAUCUCCUUCCGCUGUUGCCCAGAAAAUGUGGGUAAUGUCUAACAACGUAGAAGUUGUUAGUUCGGUUGAUGAAAUAUAUAGGUAUGAUAGAAAGCAACAACAGGAUAUAUUAGCUGCUAAACCGUGGGAAAAAGAUCCACAUUUUUUUAAAGAUAUCAAAAUUUCGGCAUUAGCUCUUUUGAAAAUGGUAAUGCAUGCAAGAUCGGGUGGUACUCUUGAGGUAAUGGGAUUAAUUUUGGGUAAAGUUGAUGGCAAUACAAUGUUCGUCAUGGAUUCUUUUGCAUUACCAGUAGAAGGUACAGAAACUCGAGUAAACGCCCAAGCUCAAGCUUAUGAAUAUAUGAGUUCAUAUAUUGAAGCUGCAAAAUUAGUUGGCAGACAAGAAAAUGCAAUAGGGUGGUACCACAGCCAUCCUGGAUAUGGAUGUUGGUUAUCAGGAAUAGAUGUUAGCACACAAAUGUUGAAUCAAAAUUUCCAAGAACCAUUUGUUGCUAUUGUAAUAGAUCCUGUGCGUACAAUUUCAGCUGGGAAAGUAUGUUUAGGUGCUUUUCGAACAUAUCCUAAGGGAUAUAAACCAGCCAAUGAAGAACCAUCUGAAUAUCAAACAAUUCCCUUAAACAAAAUCGAGGAUUUCGGUGUUCAUUGUAAACAGUACUAUUCUUUAGAAGUAUCUUAUUUCAAAUCUGCUUUGGAUAGAAGAUUAUUAGAUUCGCUGUGGAAUAAAUAUUGGGUCAACACACUUAGUUCUUCUAGUUUACUUACUAAUGCUGAUUAUACAACGGGACAAAUUUUUGAUUUAUCUGAAAAAUUGGAACAAUCUGAAGCUGCAAUAGGACGUUGUGGUUGUAUUGUAGGAGGAGAAAAGAGAACUGAAGAUAAACUUUUAAAAGCAACCAAGGACAGCUGCAAGACAACCAUUGAAAUUAUACACGGACUUAUGGCUCAAAUGGUGAAAGAUAGAUUGUUUAAUAGCGUUGCCCCAGCAAGUAGCAGUAAUACAGCAUCUCAAUAAAAAUUAGUCAAGUGAUAUAAAUGUCAAUAUUUAUAGAGAUUGGAGUGACUAACAGCUAGCUGUCGACUUAUCAUUAUAUGUAAUCAUUAUCUAUACCUUCUUACCUUCCUCCUGAACUUUUCUUCUUUAAUUUUUCCAUAGCCAAUAUGCAUUACAUAUUAUGGUAAACAACAACUAGAUUUUAGUAUAUCCACAAAUAAACUCUUCAUUCAUAGAUAUCACUGAAUAUUACUGUUUUUUAUGUUGUUUGGUUUCGAUGAUUUGUAUGGUUGAUAAUGUAUAAAACUUAAUUUUCAAAAUAAAUUUUUUUUAUAAUGAGAAA